AUGAGUUCUGUGAGAGAGAAGUUGGUCCAUUACAGACAGAGCAAAGCGAAGGAGAAGCCAUCAGAGCUACACAGAGGAGAGGAAGCUAUCAGCACACCAAUCACAAGUGUUCCAACACAUUCGGAAGAUCCUAUACAAGUCCACAAUGAAGUCAAUGUAUCCAGUGAAACAAGCACUUCUGAUUCAAAAACAGAUGGAAGUUUCCACCCCCUCGGUACUGCCCUCAAAAUAGGACUAUGGUUUCUACUGUGGGGGAUCAGUAUUGAGUGUGGCUUUGGUGUGGUGUACGUGAUCUUCUCAGGCCUGGUUCUGAUGGCCUACUCGCUGUAUGGUAGUCGGCGACCUAGACACGAACCUAGUGCAUACUCUGUGUUCAACAAGGGCUGUGAGAGCAUCGAUGGAACACUAACAGCUGAACAGUUUGAGAGAGAACUCAGAUAUGGGCCCACUAAUGUUAGAAAAUGA